AUGGGUAAUCAAACAAAACGUGUUAAUAAAAAAUCCCCAACAUACUCUUCGGAAAUUGAUGAUAUACCAGAUGAUGAAAAAAUGCGUUUAAUUAAUGAAUCUGGUAUAAAGGAAAUGUUUGAAAAAAUAGAACCUGUUCGUCAAGAAAAAACUUUGGAGGAAUAUUUAGAUCACGGACCAACUUUUCAAGCUUUCCUUUAUACCAUACCACUUUGUUCUGUUUAUACUGUUAUGGACAUUUUAGUACAUAGACAAUAUAAUGAGGAUGUCUCCAUCUUCCCUUUCUCGACUAGAGUACUCAAGAUUGCCCCAAGCUCAAUAGGAUGUGGUUGUUAUUUAAUCUACGUUUUAAACAAAAUUUCUUAUUAUGGUGUGAUGCGUAGAUGUCCCCCUCUUGCUACUUUAUGGAUUUAUUUCGUUAUUCAACUUAAUCUAUGGCCUUCUGUGCUUAGUUUAGUUUUUGUUUAUUUAUUUUUCAGAAUCGGUGAAUUUAAAUUAGGUUAA